AUGGACGAAGCAGAAGAGAGGAUUGAUGAAACUGAGACGGUGCUACAAGCAGCAUCCAAGCUAAUCAUGAGGCUAACGGAGCGCCAAGCUAACCUCGAGGCUAAGUUGCUAGACCAAGAAGGGAGAGGGAGAAGAGACAACCUCCGCUUCUAUUCAAUAAAGGAAGGUAAAGAAGGAACAGAUAUGGUGACUUUUAUGGAAAACUUGUUGAAAAAGGCACUUGACUUUCCCCGAGACGAAGUCCUUGGAAUUGAAAGAGCGCAUCGUGCCCUGGUGGCUAAACCCAACAACAACAGCCAAGCUAAACCCAGGUCCAUUGUGGUGAAAUUUGCCAGCUACCGCACCAAAGAAGAGAUCUUACGGAGAGCAUGGCAGAAGAAGGAAGUGUUUUGUGACGAUGAACGCUUCUUUGUGGAUCACGAUUUUCCCACAGAAGUGAUCAAGAGGCGUAACGAGUAUGGGGAGGCUAAAAAAGUGCUCAAGGAGAAUCGUAUCAAGUUUCAGACCCCAUAUCCAGCCAAGAUGCGUGUUUUCUUUAAUGAUGGGACCCGUCUCUACCAAAAUGCGACUGAGGCGACAAGAGAUCUGGCUUCGCGGGGGUUUGCAGUUGGCUUGGUCAAACCCACGGUCACCCCUGACCAACAAGAAAUCCAGCUUUUGUCCAACUGGAGAGCAGUGAGAGGAAGGCGCGCGGGGAGCGGAGGACAACAGGAUGCGGUGGGAGAUGACGCACAGCAGCUGGAGGAUCCGCGCGCACGCCUCAUGAAACAUCUUCAAAGCUUCCGAAGAAACACCGACACUGAGAACUGA